GAGGCUGGUUUCUCAGUGACGCUCACUCUCCCCCGCCACCCCUCUCCUCUCCUCCUGCCCAACACCACCCUCCCAAACAUCGAGCACCCCCACCCCUCCCCUUGGGUUUAUAAAUGCAGAGUUCGGAGCUCUAUCUGCAUUUGGUCGCUCCGCUUUCUGGUCACACAGAGCCAGGCGAGGAGCGCCCGGGGAAUCUAGGAGGGGAUUUUAUUUUUAUCUUGAGCAAACCGAGCAGCAAACCGAGCGACGUGGGGCAAAGGGUGACCCGACAGACAACAUGUGACCAGUGGGUGGGAGAGAACGGAUGGACUUCCUCUCCGGAAUCUUUAAUUCUCGGGGCAUCUGUCACCCGUCUUCAAAGGAGCCCGUGCGAGCCACUUGGGCUCACGUUUUGGAUGGGGGGACCAAACCCAGCCGGUCGCUAGUCCGUCCCCAGGAUACAGACCCUCUCCACGGAAGUGAAUGAUCCUAGUUGUGGCUUUGUCCCAAUGGGCUCCUCGAAGUAAGCGUGGGAAAGGGAUCGUGGUGAACGUUACUUGCCUUUAUCCACCCCAUCCCAGUCCAGCCACAUCUGCCUUUUCUCUCUCUCUGUCUUUCACUCUCUCUCUCUCUGGAUGUGCGUCCUGCCCCAGGAAGGCUUUGUAAGAUGACUUGCGCCGGCUUGCCCAGCCGGCGGUUGAGAGGUUCACUUUGCACAGUCGGGAGACCAGAUCGGAGUGCCAUGGGUCCACCAGCCUUCGAGAGACUGUGUCAGAAAGGUCUUGGGAGAGUGCAAGGAGAAUGAAGAGGAAGAGUCCCAGAUGGAAGGAUGAACUGGCGGCUUGUUGAUCUCGUCUCCUUGCUGUUCCUAUGGGACAGGCUGGCUUUAACCCUUCACUGCUGGGCACUUCUGGUACUUUCCUGCCAUCACCAACACCAGCAUGCCACCAGCCCUCUCGACUGGCUGCUCUCAGACAAGGGACCUUUCCACCGCGCUCGGGAUUAUUCCAAUUUCCUAGACAGAUACCGCCAGGGAUUUACUACCAGAUAUAAAAUCUACAGAGAGUUUGGUCGAUGGAAGGUGAAUAAUCUGGCUGUGGAAAGAAGAAAUUUUUUGGGCUCAGAUUUGCCUCUAGCUCCAGAGUUUAUCAAGAACAUACGUUUGUUGGGACGGAGGCCGAGUCCACAACAGAUAAUCGACAAUCUGAUCAAGAAGUAUGGCACACAUUUUCUACAAUCUGGAACGCUUGGAGGAGAAGAAUCACUGACUAUUUUUGUGGACAAACAGAAGUUGAAUAAGAAGACUGAUCUCAACAAUAAUUCUGCUAUCAGUUUGGACACACUCCACCAACUGGCUGCUUCCUACUUCAUUGACCGUGAGACAACAUUACGUAAGCUCCAUGAGAUUCAGAUCGCCUCUUCAGCAAUCAAGGUAACUGAAACCAGAACAGGACCUCUUGGAUGCAGUAAUUAUGACAACCUAGACUCUGUCAGUUCAGUUCUGGUACAAAGUCCUGAGAACAAAAUUCACUUACAAGGCCUACAGAACGUUCUGCCUGAGCAUUUGCGGGAACGGUUUGUCGAAGCUGCUCUCAGUUACAUUGCCUGUAACUCGGAGGGCAGCUUCAUCUGCAAGAACCAUGACUGCUGGUGCCAGUGCACGCCCAAAUAUCCAGAGUGUAAUUGUCCUUACAUGGAUAUCCAAGCCUUGGAGGACAGUCUGCUGUGGAUAACAGACACCUGGACCAACUACAACAAAGAGUUUGAAGUGACGGAUGAAUUCAAGACUUUCCUGAAGAAGUUGCCAACUGAGUAUUUCCUGAACUCUUCGACUCUACUGCAGCUGUGGACAAUGGACUUCAGUCUCCAGCAUCGCUAUGAGCAGCUGGAGGCCAGCUUAAAGGGGCUCUUCAACAAGGCCCAGAAGACCGUCCGCAAACUCUUCAGCCUAAGUAAGCGCUGCCAGAAACAACCGAAAUUCGUCCUUCCCAGAGAAAGGGCGAUGACCUACUGGCUCAACCGAGUCCAGUCCUUCCUGUACUGCAGCGACAACGGCCUGGCCGGCGUAUUUUCCGAGGAGACCCGGGGCUGCACCUGCCCCUACGACCCGCUGAGCUGCCAGAAGCCCAUCCCUUGCUCGGUGGGCGAGGGCACGUCGUGCGCGGUGUGCGCCGCCGACAAUCGGACCCGGUGCGGCGUGUGCAACGCCGGCUACACGCUGAGCCAGGGGUCGUGCCGGCCGGAGGUGGCUGACCCCACCGAGCAGUACAUCGGCUUCGAGGCCGAGCAGGACCUGCGCGACACGGAAAUCCGGUACCUGCUGCAGAAACGGGACAGCAGGAUCAUCGUGCCGGCGAUCUUCAUCAGCAACGACGUGCGCCUCAACAGCUGGUUCGACCCCUCGUGGAGGAAGCGCAUGUUGCUCACCUUGAAGAGCAACAAGUACAAGACCAACUUCGUCCACAUGAUCUUGGGCAUGACCAUACAGAUCUGUUUGACUAAAAACAGCACCCUGGAGCCAGUGCUGGCCAUCUACGUGAACCCGUUCGGAGGCAGCCACUCCGAGAGCUGGUUCAUGCCGGUAAACGAGGACAGCUACCCUGACUGGGAGAGGACUAAAGUGGAUGUGCCCCUGCAGUGUUACAACUGGACCCUGAUGCUGGGCAACAAGUGGAAGACGUUUUUCGAAACGGUCCACAUCUACCUGAGGAGCCGCAUUAAGUCGAGCGGCAACGACAGCGUGUACUACGAGCCCCUGGAGUUCAUCGACCCGUCCCGGAACCUGGGCUACAUGAAGAUCGGUCACGCCCAGGUCUUCGGCUACAGCAUGCACUUCGACCCAGACGCCAUCCGGGACCUCAUCCUGCAGCUGGACUACCCGUACACCCAGGGGUCGCAGGAUUCCGCCCUGCUGCAGCUGCUGGAGAUCCGCGACCGCGUCAACAGGCUCUCCCCCUACGGCCACCAGCGCCUCGAUCUCUUCACCUGCUUGCUCCGCCACCGCCUCAAGCUGGCUACCAGUGAGGUGGUCCGGAUCCAAGCCUCCCUUCAGGCCUUCAAUGCCAAACUCGUCAACUCGGUCGAGUACGAGACCACCAAGUUAUGCAGUUAGCACCUCCCCCUCCACCGGCCCCAGCACAGCGCCAGGAGCUGAUGUGGGGAUAAUCCAUUCUCGAUUUUUCGUUGCGGUGUUUCGCUUUCGUGCGCACCGGAUUCCCCACCCGUUCCGACGGUCUUCAUUCCGAACUGGGGAACUGUCCGAUCGCAGGAGCUAACACAGACGAGCGGAGGUCUUUAAGUUUCGUUUUUCCUUCUCCCCCGCGCCUCCCCCUCCCCCCCCCCUUCCCCGACCCAAAGUGGCAUCUUCAACCCAUAUCCAACCAAUAUCACCUCCCCGUGUUAUACCCAGGACUCUGGUGACACACGUGGAAUAUUUUCACCGUGCUCCUUCCCGAUUGGGAAAAGAGUGGUCAUUUGCUGAACUUUAGCUGGGAUGGGGGAGUAAUGCAUUUUGUCUGUUUUCUGUUUGAGACAAUGAAGUGCUUAGAAAUGACAGCCCGUCCUUACUGACAUUCCUGACCCAUGUCCCUGCAGCAAACACCAGCAACAGAAACAAGAACUGGUGUCCGCUGUUGUUUCUUUGUUUCCACUGUACGAUUAUUUUAAUAUUUGGUGUUGAGGAACUAAUAUUUUUCGAUGGCAUUGUUUUUACUGUAUAUGCAAGUCCGGCGUGCUGUGGUUGCUCAGUCAAGUUUCCUAUUUCUAGAUCAGACCAGUUGUGAUCCAAAACGCUCGAAGCCGAACACAAAGUCUUUUCGUGAUUUUAAUUUGAAAAGGGAGGCGUGGGGUCUGAAUCAGGCCAUUCACAGGCAAUCGUAGAUCAUUUUGGGGAAACACUAAACAUUCUCCGUCUUACUACCCUAGGACUAACACAAAUGAAUACGUUUGGUUUUUUAAGGAAAGGUGUGGCCAGUAUAAUAAUGGGUUAAAUGCAUCAGUCAAAUCUUAGAUGUUGAACUGCAGAUAGCCACAGUUUAAACCAGCGCAGCAUUAAUAUCACACAGAAUCAGACAGCUGGUAAUGAGGCCACACUGCCCAUCUUGUCUGUGCUGGCAGUUUGAAAUAACUAUCCAGUUCGCCUCAGACCUCUGCUUUUUACCCAUAGCCCUUCAAAAUUUCCCUUUCCAAUGACACUUCCCACAAAGGAAGCGUAUUUCAUCAUAACCCACUGCAUUAAAAAAAAACCCUUAUCUGCUCAUAAUUCUUUUUUUAAACUAUCCUAAAAUGAUCUUACUCAGACAGUAAAGAGUUCACGACAGGCAAAUUUCAGCAGGGUAAAAGACCUUAAGAAUUUUUUAUCUUCUUAUGCCUUGUGAAGACCGGAAAGGAAGCAAUAGAGGAAGCUGGUGACCUUAUCUUGCCUGUGUUAUGAUCUGACGUUCAAAUGGAUGGUCUUGGAGAUAAGGGUUUCUGCUUUGUAAAGAAUGGACUGUGUACACCCUUGGAACCCCCUCCAAUUGAUACUAGUUGCCACAGAGCUCUGGAGAAACCUGACAAAACGUAUCUGAAUCAAAAUGAGACACUAGGCAAAUACUUAAUAUUUCGUUGUAGCUAUGUUGUGUUUUUCCUGAUCCAAAGAGUAAACUUUAUCAGUUGAUUAAAGACCAGGUGGAUCUUUUUUUUGUUUUUAAAUUUUGCUGUUGCUAUUGUUGUGUGGCAUUGGGGAUGGUCCUUUUCAGUCAGUCAAGUCCAUCUGCAAAUCGAGGAUGUUCCCAGGCUCCUGCGUGAUGACAGGGUGGAAAAGCAGCAGCAGCUUGAAGCCACAGAGGUUUUGUAGAACAGCAGAAGAGAUAAGCUCAACUCUUCAUGAGAGGUUCUGUGGAGCAAUGAUGCAGCAAAAGUUUAAUGGAGACCCGAUGUGCCCACGGCAGCUGAAAAUGCUCAGUGACACAUUACUUGGUAAGGUCAAUUCAAUAAUUGCUACUUUAAAGGGGCAAUGUCUAAAUUGAAAAAGAAACAAUCUUUGCAAACACAAAUAUCACUGCACAAAGUCAUUCCACCAGUUCGGCUUCAAUAUUUCCUCUGUUGCCUCUUAAACAAAAUAGUGCCCCUUUAACCUCAGCGAAACUUUAUUUCAAUCUCAGUGAUUUGGCAACUACUCUGAUAGAGAUCAGUAUUAUGCAUGUGGUAAUGAAUAGCAAAUGACCUAUUGCUCUGCGGUUCUGUGUUAAUUAGACAAUUUUGAUGUACAAUGCUGUCGCGCAAUGUCACUACAUUUUACAAUGUGCACUCUCUCUGAUGUCAGGGCCCUAAAUCUCCAAAACAUUCCUUUGAAAGCAAGGUCUUUUCAAGGAUUUGUAGAACUUUGAAUUUCGAAAUCUCCUCAAAAGGAAAGCUGCUUUCACUCAAGGUGGAAAAUUAUUUGUAUCUUUGUUUAAGGAGAGAAAUGUUCUCGAUUGUCAAGUGGCUGUUUAAUGGUGCAGUUUGCUGUUUGAAGGUGCGGUGCGCUGCCAUUUUGUAUAUUUCUAAUGACAGAUUCUGGCUCCAUUGUAAAUUAAUGACAGUGUACAGAAACUCAUCUGUAUUUGUUUUAUUGCUGGUAUUAGGGUUUGGGCGUUUAAUUUUUGAUUAUUAAAUCUGGAUGAAAAGUCCACAUUUGGAA